AUGACUUUCAAGGUAACUAUAGUACUCGUCAUCACGAUGAUCCAUAGAUCGAAAACAGUAGUAAUCCCAGUUGACGAAGUUGAAACGGAAACACACGAAGACCCAGAAAUUUCCCUAGCGAGUUCUUACAUCCAUUUUCAUGGUCCAGUAGAAGGUCCAGAAUAUGAAGUGAAAGUACCAUACGUUGUUCUCAAAAACGAACAUAAUUAUUUGUCUCAUGGUCAAAAUCAUCCUAUUGAGGAUCAAGGAUAUGCUAUUGAUUACGUUGCUAAUCCUAAUUAUCAGUUCGCUUAUGGUGUCGAGGAUCAUUAUACUGGUGACUUCCAUGGACAAAAAGAAUCAAGGAAUGGUCAUAGCGUUUCUGGUGAGUAUAGUGUAAAGGAACCCGGAGGUACCUUAAGGGUUGUCAGUUAUCACGCUGACAAGGAUGGAUUCCACGCCGUUGUUCAUACUUCCGGUAAGAACGAUCAUGCUCCGACUAAUAUCUAUUCUCACAAUCAACAUGACUACGUACAAGUUCAAGUACAGGAUCAUGAUCACGAUAAAGGUUUAGAAACUGAACAAGAAACUCAUUCUCUUAAUUACGAAACUUCCUAUUCGGUUAACGAACACUAUUAA